ACACUGUUUUACUUGGCAACAGGAUGUAUCUGAAUUCUGAUUGGUUGUUGUAUCUGAAUUCUGAUUGGUUGUUGUACAGAGAAAAGUUUUCACUGCAACCGAACUGCUGUUUUCGUGACCACGCCCCCAGCACGGAUAUUCAUGUUCACAUUGUUCAGUUUGUUUUUCUCUUUUAUUUUAGAUUUCUGUUAUCUGACUCUGGAUCCCAACACGGCACAUCGUCGCCUCAUUCUGUCUGAGAAGAACAGAGCGGUGAGAGUCAGUGAGAGAGAGCAGCGUUACUCUGAUCAUCCAGAGAGAUUUGAUUCCUGGGAGCAGGUGUUGUGUAAGGAGAGUGUGUGUGGACGCUGUUACUGGGAGGUGGAGUGGAGCGGUGCUGAUGGUGUGUCCAUAUCAGUCUCAUAUAAAGACAUCAGCAGGAAAGGACGGGGUAAAGAGUGUCUGUUUGGAUUCAACAAUCAGUCCUGGAGACUGUGGUGUUCUUCUUCUUCUCUCUCUUUCUGUCAAAACAGCAUUAAGACUGAUCUCAGAGUUCCAUCAGCCUCCAGAAUAGGAGUGUAUGUGGAUCACAGUGCAGGAACUCUGUCCUUCUACAGCGUCUCUGACACGAUGAAGCUCCUCCACAGAGUCCACACCACAUUCACUCAGACUCUAUACGCUGGGUUUGGGUUCUGGCUUUCUGGUUCUACAGUGAGAUUGUGUGAUCCAGAAUAAAAGUGUGGAGUGUUUUCUGUAAAA